AUGAAGAUAUAUACAUCUACUAGCCUUAUCUAUAUUGCUUAUGCAAUUAAUCAAGUAUUUGGUUUUCCAGUCACAGAAGAUUUAAUUGCAAUUUCGAAUGGUCAGAUCCCACUCCAUACUAAUGUGGUACCCAGUAUUGAGGACGGAGCUAGAGUGGCUAGAACAUUAGUGUUUAGAGAGUCUUUAGUCAAUGUUAAUACUUUUAAAACGGUUAAAUCAGGAGAUGAUGAAACUCAAUUGCCCGUUUCAUCGAUGGAGUAUUAUGCUGAUUGUGAUGGUAACGGAGAUCCUUAUUGGCUUGUGGUAGAUAUUGGAUCCACUUUCCAAAAUAUUGAAAAAGGUUCGGAUUACAGCUUCACUAUUCGAGUAGGAGAUCAUCCUUUUGAUGAAGAUGUAGAUACAUCUUACCCUGGUAGUAUUAAACAUUCGCCUGCUGGUUCGCCUAGAAUUAAUUUGAGAGGGAAGUUGGAAGAUGUAACUUUUGAAAACUCAAUUGAACAACUAAGAGUAGAGACUUGUUUCUUGAAGAGACAUCCAGAUUCAGAAACCUGGCUUCCACGAAAUAAAAUCAGUCCUCAUAAGUCACAUUGGACUAAGCUUAUUGUUGAUGAGGUUUAUAUGGUCGGCGGCUUUGGUAAUUUGGCCUACAUUGGAACAAUUGAAGACGAUAUUUACCAUAAAGCGGAAAUAAUCAAGUCAGACAUAUAA